AUGAACUCCUAUUAUCCAUUCAACAGCUACAACAGCUAUGGAGGUUAUAUGCCAUUCCAUAAUCCCUAUAUGUAUCCUUCAUAUUUUAAAGCACCACGUGGAACAAUGAGAGGACGCUAUUUUGAUCCCGAUGAAAUUAGAACGCAAAGUGCAGAAUAUGAAGUAUUUGAAGAAGAAAAGUAUGUUGGUGCAAAAAAAGUAAUCGACAAAAUCCUAAGUACUGUACUUGAACUAAUGUUUAUUGAAAUUCCAAAUACUGCACCUUUUUGA